AUGGCGCAUGCAGAAAGAGAGGUAGUGGACCUUCUGAAAGAGUCUAUUGAGAGCAAAAUCAACGCAAAAACAACAUGGAACUCCACGCUAAUUGAUGAGUUUUCCAAUGUGGAAAAGUUUAAGGAAAAAGAAACAAACAACAUGAACUUCCAGCAUGCAAGCAUUAUUCUGGAUGGGUGCAUGAAGGUGUACAGCACGCGUGUUGAUAGCGUGGUGGACGAGGCAGACAAGCUAAUGGACUCUGUUGGGAGGGCAAAGGAGCCUGAGAAGCAAAGGGCCCGGGCAAAGGCACACCCCACAAUAGAGUCCAAUCCAGACGCAAUUCUUAUUAAGCCACGCAUAGAGUCGCUGGACGAUGAAAUACUGGAGCACUUAGCAAGGGAGUUCAAGGAAGGAGACACCCGAGGGCUUCUCAUGCACCUCCUCAAGUGGAGUGAUGGUGAAGGGUUUUGCGUCAUGCGCCUUCCAGGCGAGAAGAGCAAGCAGGAGGCAGGCAGCAAAAUAGAGAGCACAGCUGCCAGCAGUCUGCAGACACACACGCUAGACUUUAACGCGCUUCGCCAGUCACUCUAUCUUGGAGAGAGUAGAAAGCACAUAAGCCCCAUGUUUUCAACAUUCACUCCAGACAAGUCUGUGGAAGAGCUGGUGCUUCCCACGUAUGCAUACCACAUAAGCUACGAUGUGGACCCUUUGGAGUACGGAUAUAAAGAGGGCGGGAAUGCCUUUGCAGGGUAUCUUCCGUACAUGGAGGGGGCAUCUGGUGAGGAGAGCGGAGGCUAUGCAAGCGCAGACCCAGAAGAAGGGGAGGAAGUGUGUGCGAAGGAAAAAGAGGUUGAGCAGUUCCGGCCAAGCCGAGAGGAGCUCCACCUUGUGUACACGCCCUUUGGGUAUGCGAAGGGGUGGGCAGGGCCUGCGCACUGGAAGGUGCACUCGCGAAGAAAGCACAGAGAGAAGGAAAAAGGCGAUGUAAAGGAAAGAAAAAAGGCAGCAAUUGACUUCCUUACAGACACACACCUUCCUAUUUCAACGCUUUUUGAGAAGGGAGAGGGCAUUGUAAUGACGCCGCAGCAGAUUUCAGAGAGGCGAAAGAACUGCAACACGCUUCCGCCUGACCACAACAUAGGAAUAGAGGACCUGUACAGGAUGUUUGUCUACCCAGGGUCGCUCUAUGCAACUGAAAAGCUUCUGGGUGCUCCAGAGAAGGAAGUAAAUAUACCGCAUUCUUCGCCGUCUCUGUAUGAAGUGCCAGAGACAGCAUAUGCAGAGCAGGAGGAUGCAGAGUUUGCCCAUACAGAUGCACCAGCAGGCAUCGCAAGCUACACAGAAGAUGCGCCGGUGCACACGCAAGAGGAAGGGUUUUCCGGAGCAACCACCCUCCUAUCGCGCAGACUUCUCCAGAGCGCUCUUCGAAAGGCGCGCAGAAAUGACAUAGUAAAGAUAAAGGAAAAUAUGUGGAGCAGAAUAGAGCAGGGAGAGAAAAAGGUUGAAGAGAUGUACAGUACAAUGCAGGAGCAAAAGGUUUCAGUGCAGUUCUAUCUUGUGUCGCUGCUGCACUUGGCAAAUGAGAAAAACCUGCGCAUUAACUCUCUCACAGCAGAGCCGCUUCCAGGCAUUUCUGACCUGGCACUUGACACCUCUUUAGUAUAG